AUGGAGGAUGAACCCAUUCUCAUCAUUGGCGCCGGCAUCUGCGGCCUUGUCCUAGCGCAGUACUUACGCAAGGAGAAGAUAUGCUUCCGAAUUUUUGAACGGGAUAAUGACUUGGCUACCCGCGGAGUAGGCUGGGGCUUGACCCUCAAUUGGUCACUCCCUGCCCUUCGCUCACUCCUACCGGAGGAUCUGGUCCUCAGGCUGCCCGAGACCUAUGUCGACCGUGCCUCCGUCCAGGCUGGCGCUAUCUCGACCUUCCCUUUUUUCGAUUUGAGUACGGGCGAGCGCAAGUUCCAAACUCCCAAGGCUCCGGAAUCCCAGCGCAUCUGGGUGACGCGUCAGAAGCUGAGAGUGCUCCUUGCCACAGGCAUCGACAUCGAAUGGGGAAAGUCAUUUUCCAAGUUUGAUCAAGGCCGGGGUUCAGUGACGGCUGCAUUUGAGGACGGGUCUACUGCCACGGGCCGCUUGCUCAUCGCUUGCGACGGAGCCAACUCUCGAGCACGACGGCAGCUAUUUCCAAACCAGAAUGAAAUGCAUCGUAUACCAAUUUGCCUCAUGGGAAUGAAACUAGAGCUUAGUCACGAAAAGGCCCAACUGAUACGAAAUCUCGACCCGUUCUUCUUGCAAGGAACAAGCUCCGAGAACAACUCAUUCAUAUAUAUUAGCUUGCUUGACGCUCCCCAAAGCAAAGGCGAUCUGACCGAAAAUACGUCUACCAGAUAUGCGUCUCAUGGCCCUACCACAAUGGGUUCAUGGACAGUGAACACCCCUUCAAAUGCGGAACGAAUCCAGCUGUUUCAGCGAAUUUCAUCUACUUGGGGAGAGCCAUUUCUCACUAUCGCUAAGGAGGUGGCUGCUGAUCAAGAGUUAAAAUCUCUGGAACUGCGAGAUUUUCCACCGCCUCGCGGACUUCGCACAAAUGGUCGAGCUGUGCUGAUGGGCGACUCAUUUCACGCCAUGGCUAUGUACAGAGGAGAGGGUGCAAACCAUGCCAUUGUCGACGUGCUUGAUUUUGUCGAGUCGGUCGGUCCCAAGUUCAGAAAUGAAGAUGUUGGAUGUGAUUCUUUAAUCGAGUCUCUUAAUGCAUACGAACGUUCGGUCGUUGAACGCGCCCGAACUGGGGUUCUGGCGUCUCGCCAAGCAUGUCUGGACGCUCAUAAUUGGUCACGUAUUACGAGUGAGAGUCCACUCCUGACCAGGCGAGAAAUGAAGUUGCAGUUCGAUGAAUCCAAUUUGUCGGAUGUAUUGUAUCAGGGGGGGAAGCAAUGUUUAGUACCGCCCAUGUCGCCCUAUGGUGUCUUCUCCCGCACAGAUAUAGGGGGA